GCGUUGGUUUCAGCAAAACUCGAAUCCUUUCUUGUGAUUUCGGAUUCUUGAAGGCAUUUCCAUGCAUCAAAACCAAGCCAAAAUUUCCAUGCACCAGUUUGCCCGUCCUUCGAAUGCCCCUCUGAAGGAAUAAAUCGAAGGUGACGGGAAUAGUUUUCUUCGGUUUCGAGUCGGAAGUGAGAAAAAAACCAAGAGAAGAGAAGGGAAGAACAAUGCCGAGGACGGGGAGGAUACGUGAGAAGCUCCGAUGGAGCAAGAUCUACACCUUCUCCUGCAUCCGCCACCCGGAGUCGAUAAACGCCGAUGCCGGCCCCUCCCUCUCCCUCUCCCUCUCCCUCUCCCUCCCCCUCCCGGGUCCCGGCCACUCCCGCAUCGUCCGCUGCAACCAGCCGCGCGCCCACAAAAGGAAGCCCCUCGAUUACCCCACCAAUUAUAUCUCCACCACCAAGUACAACAUCGUCACCUUCCUCCCCAAAGCCAUCUUCGAGCAGUUCCGCCGGGUCGCCAACCUCUACUUCCUCCUCGCCGCUUGCCUGUCCGUCACCUCCAUAUCUCCCUUCUCCCCUGUCAGCAUGAUCGCACCCUUGGCCUUCGUCGUCGGGCUCAGCAUGGCGAAGGAGGCGCUCGAGGACUGGCGAAGGUUCGUGCAGGACAUGAAGGUCAACCUCCGCAAGGCCCUCGUUCACAAGGGGAACGGCCGCUUCAGCAACAAAUUCUGGCACAAGAUUCGGGUCGGCGAUGUCGUCAGGGUGGAGAAGAACCAGUUCUUCCCUGCAGACCUCCUCCUGCUGUCGUCGGGCUACGAGGACGGGAUAUGCUACGUAGAGACCAUGAAUUUGGAUGGGGAGACGAACUUGAAGGUCAAGAGAUCGUUGGAGGUGACCUUGCCCUUCGAAGACGAUCGCUCAUUUAAGGAUUUCACUGCCACCAUCCGAUGCGAGGACCCGAAUCCCAGCCUCUACACUUUCGCGGGUAAUCUGGAGCACGAGAGGCAGGUCUAUGCUCUCGAUCCCAGUCAGGUUCUUCUCAGAGAUUCGAAGCUUCGGAACACCAGCUACAUAUAUGGAGUCGUCAUCUUCACUGGUCACGACACCAAAGUGAUGCAGAAUGCAACCGAGUCUCCAUCUAAAAGAAGCAGAGUAGAGAAAAAAAUGGACCGCAUAAUUUAUAUCCUCUUCACCGUCCUCGUCCUAGUUUCGUUGAUCAGCUCCCUCGGGUUCGCGGUGAAGACGAAGCUCGAAAUGCCAUCGUGGUGGUACUUGCAGCCGCAGCGGGGCGACAACAGCCACCUCUACAGCCCAUCAACGCCGGGAUUAUCCGGCAUCUUCCAUCUCGUGACAGCUCUUAUCCUGUAUGGAUAUCUUAUACCAAUUUCGCUCUAUGUUUCGAUCGAGGUUGUGAAGGUCUUGCAGGCAAUGUUCAUCAAUCAAGAUCUCCAAAUGUAUGAUGAGGAGACCGGGAAUCCCGCUCAAGCCCGGACCUCGAAUUUGAAUGAGGAGCUUGGGCAGGUCGAUACGAUUUUAUCGGAUAAGACGGGCACCUUGACUUGCAAUCAGAUGGACUUCUUGAAAUGCUCGAUCGCAGGCUUCCCGUAUGGUCUCAGUUCUAGCGAAGUAGAGAUUGCCGCUGCGAAGCAGAUUGCGUCUGAAGAAUCUGGUGGUUCAGUGCAGAACGGUGGCGGUAUAGAUUAUUGGGAGAAUGGCGGAAGUGGCUUUGGGUCAUCGCCAGAGAUCGAAUUGGAAGGUGGAAUUACUUGCAAGAUUGAGAAGCCGCGGAAGCCUAUGAUAAGAGGUUUCAGUUUCGAAGAUGAUCGGCUCAUGCAAGGAAAUUGGAUGUCGGAACCCAAUCCAGGCACGAUUCUUUUGUUCUUUCGAAUACUUGCGGUUUGUCACACAGCAAUUCCUGAGCUAGAUGAGGAAACUGGUGGCUUUACCUACGAAGCAGAGUCGCCAGAUGAAGGUGCUUUUCUUGUUGCUGCCAGAGAGUUUGGGUUUGAGUUCUGUAGAAGGACUCAAACUAGUGUAUUCGUUCGGGAAAGAUAUCCUUCUUCUGCAGAGCCAAUAGAAAGGGAGUUCAAGAUUCUCAAUCUAUUGGAAUUCAAUAGCAAGAGGAAAAGGAUGUCGGUCGUUAUACGGGAUGAGAAUGGACAGCUGCUGCUUCUUUGCAAAGGUGCAGACAGCAUCAUCUUCGAUAGAUUGUCAAAGAAUGGAAGAAUGUAUGAGGCGGAUACAAGCAAGCAUCUAAAUGAAUAUGGAGAAGCUGGAUUGCGCACUUUGGCAUUAGCAUACAGGAAGCUUGAGGAAUCUGAGUAUUCAGCUUGGAACACUGAGUUUCUCAAAGCAAAAACUGCUCUAGGACCAGACCGGGAAGCUCAACUGGAACAAGCCGCUGACAUGAUUGAAAAGGAAUUAGUUCUUGUUGGUGCGACUGCUGUAGAGGACAAAUUACAAAAAGGAGUUCCUCAGUGCAUUGAUAAACUAGCACAAGCUGGUCUCAAAAUUUGGGUUCUGACAGGUGAUAAGAUGGAAACUGCAGUCAACAUAGGAUUUGCAUGCAGUUUACUUCGGCAGGGCAUGAAACAAAUUCGUUUAUCCCCAAUGAACAAGGAAUUAAUAACCCAAGACGCAAAUAAGGCUGUGAAGGAGGAUAUCCAGAAGCAAAUUACUAAUGCCUCUCAAAUGAUCAAAUUAGAAACUGAUCCUCAUGCAGCAUUUGCUCUGAUCAUUGAUGGGAAAGCUUUAACCUACGCAUUGGAGGAAGACAUGAAGCAUCAGUUCUUAAGUCUAGCAGUCGAUUGUGCUUCUGUAAUUUGUUGCCGCGUCUCCCCUAAGCAGAAAGCACUGGUGACUCGGUUGGUAAAAGAAGGCACAGGCAAAGUUACUCUAGCAAUAGGUGAUGGUGCAAAUGAUGUUGGAAUGAUUCAAGAGGCCGAUAUUGGUGUCGGUAUCAGUGGAGUGGAAGGAAUGCAGGCUGUUAUGGCUAGCGACUUCUCCAUUUCCCAAUUUCGGUACCUCGAGCGACUUUUGGUUGUCCACGGACACUGGUGUUAUAAGAGGAUUGCACAGAUGAUAUGCUACUUCUUCUACAAGAACAUAGCCUUCGGCCUCACAUUGUUCUACUUCGAGGCAUACACCGGUUUCUCUGGGCAAUCAGUCUAUGAUGACUGGUACAUGAUAUUAUUCAAUGUCCUCCUCACCUCACUGCCGGUGAUAUCACUAGGAGUCUUCGAGCAAGAUGUGUCUUCUGAAGUCUGCCUACAGUUUCCAGCUUUGUACCAGCAAGGGGCAAAGAAUCUGUUCUUUGAUUGGUAUAGGAUUAUUGGGUGGAUGGCUAAUGGUCUUUACUCAUCCCUCAUGAUCUUCUUCCUCAAUAUUGGGAUAUUCUUUACUCAGGCAUUCCUCCGAGGGGGACAGACUGCCGACAUGGCUGCCAUCGGGACUACCAUGUUUACCUGCAUCAUCUGUGCUGUCAACAUGCAGAUCGCCCUUACAAUGAGUCACUUCACAUGGAUUCAAAUAGUCCUUGUGUGGGGAAGCAUUGCCACUUGGUACCUCUUCCUUCUGGCCUAUGGCGAGUCGUCACCGCUAGUAUCUGGGGAUGCCUUCCGUUUACUUGUAGAAGCCCUUGCACCAGCCCCCAUCUUCUGGGCUGUAACUCUCUUGGUCGCCGCAGCUUGUAAUCUCCCUUAUCUGAUCCACAUCUCCUACCAGAGGUUAUACAAUCCAAUGGAUCACCAUGUGAUCCAAGAGAUAAAGUACUACAAGAAAGAUGUGGAGGAUCAGAUUAUGUGGACCAGGGAACGAUCUAAGGCGAGGUGGGCGACAAAGAUCGGUUUCACAGCGAGGGUGGAUGCAAAGAUCAGGCAGCUGAAGGGAAAACUGCAUAGCAAAGUCUCAUCUUUGAGCGGACAAACUGUGGUAGCGACACCUCCUCCAGAUGUGCUUUAGUGUCCAUGUUUUUUAAGGAUUGAAAGAUCUGGCUUCAGUUCUUCUCAAAACACUGUACAAUUUUUGCAACAUGCUGAAUGAAUCUCGUGGAUACAUUUGAGGUGCA